AUGCGAUAUAUUAAAAAAUAAAUUUAUGCAAACACUUAAUAUCAGCAAAAUGAAGAAAUCGAUAACAAUUUGAUGAAUCUAUAAAAGUAAAAUAUGUUAUUUUUUGUUUAAAAGGAGAAUAUGAAGAAACAAAUUUGA